AGUCGUGGGGGAGACGGUGCAUAGACAUGGAAAUUUGAUUAGAGCGCACAUUCUGACCGACAGACUAUAGACCAAUGGGAUAGGAGAAGUCUCCCUCUCCCCCCUUGAAGGAAGCGUUUCCUAACUGGCAGCAGGAAAGAUUCCUCCUCCCCGCCGCUACCCAGUGGUGUUGAAAUGCGGAAGGAGGACGUCUGUGUUGAACAUAGUAUGUUCCCGCCUUCUGGUCGCCUCCUUCCCGCCUCUCCGAUUGGGCACUUGGGGCUCCUACUCGGCCUCCCAUUGGGCAGCUGCGGGAGCGCGGGGAGGCGCGACAGAUGAGCGCGAGCGUUCGAACCCAGGCUUGGUGGGGUUGCCAUGGGGACGGGGCCUAGUGUUGUCUCGGGAGCCUGCUUCGGUCGGGAACGCCGGGCUUGCGGUGAGGGGAGCAGCGCCCCGGGCUCGUCUGGGAAGCAGCAGCCAGAGAGAGAGAGAGACGAGGGACGAGAAAGCACGGGGCGACAACGGGAUUGAGCAGGAACUGCCAGCAUCUUCAUGUUGCAGCAUAGCUGAGAUGUCCUCUCAGGGCUUUGGAAUUUCCUAUCCUGAGCUGGAAACAUGAAGCUCUGGGUACAGAAGUACAGAAGCUUUCCCCCCACCCUACCCCCUUCAUUUCUACAACUUGAAAGGAAGAAGCUGGUUGCCAGGAACAGCAUGAAGAAAACAUUCUCUGUUUUUUGAAAGCUUUGCUUGUUGGAAAAGACAAAUGUUUAAAUAAUUGUCAGCUUGCAGAUUGGCGCUCUUCACAAACCAUGAAGAUGAGAUGUUUCCAGUCACAACAGCUGUUGUUGGCUGUCAUGAGGAUAAGAUGGAGAGUAGGGAAGAACCGUGUAUGCUGUCCUGAGCUCCUUGGAGACAGCAUUUUGAUCAUGAAUCAUGGGGAUCAUUUGGGACACAUGGAUGGCCAGAAGAGACUCAUCUAAAUUUAGGCACAUUGCUCUCUGUAGCUGUUGGAGUGGAUUUCUGCAACUUGGAAUGCUUGUUCUAUAGACUUUGCAAGGGUAAGAAGGUAGCAGAAACAAACCUUGAAUAGAAGAUGGCCUCAUGUCUGUAUGAAUGCCUCUGUGAGGCAGAACUUGAAAAAUAUUAUCCCCAUUUUAUUGCCCUUGGCUUUCAGAAGAUUGAUGACCUUGCCACUGUCCCCAUGAAAGAUUACACUAAGCUAGGGGUACAUAAUAUGAAGGACCGCAAGCGCCUCUUUCAGCUCAUUAGGAUAAUCAAAGUCUUGCAAGCAGAAGAGGAAGCGGCAGAAAAAAACAAGCCGCGUAUUCAGGCAGGUGCUCUCUACCUCCAACCUCAGGGAGCUAGACCUGGUCCUCGUAGGCAGCUCCACUUUGAUUCCCUCUUGGAGGAAAGAGAUGGAGGAAAAGACUUUGAGCCUGGAUUCUGCACAUCAUCCAGUUGCCCUGCGAAUGAAGAUAAAGAUGAUUUGCCUGCAGCCUUGAGGCAUGACUCUGAGUACAAAAAAGCCAGAAAAGACACUUUGAAUGCACCUGCAGCAUGGACCGAAUACAAAGUGGGCAUUCCAGCUAUCAGUUCAUCUACUGGCAUUACCCCUCUCUUAGGGGAUGCUGAAGCCCCCAUUAUACAAAGAGUUGCUCAUAUUUCAGGUUAUAAUUAUGGAGUGCCUCAUUCUUUUAUCAGACCUAAUGCCUCUGAGAAGGAAAUGCCGUGGACUGAGACGGACAAGAUCCGGGUGUGUGUUCGAAAGCGUCCACUGGGCUUAAGAGAGGAGCGACGUGGAGAAGUAAACAUCAUCACAGUGGAAGAUACAGAAACUCUCCUACUCCAUGAGAAAAAGGAGGCAGUUGACCUCACCCAGUACAUUUUGCAGCAUGUGUUUUACUUUGAUGAAGUCUUUGGGGAGGCUUGUUCCAAUCAGGAUGUGUACAUGAAGACUGCUCACCCCCUCAUUCAGCACAUUUUCAACGGUGGCAAUGCCACUUGCUUUGCAUAUGGGCAAACGGGUGCUGGCAAGACAUACACUAUGAUUGGCACUCAUCAAAACCCAGGGCUCUAUGCUCUGGCUGCUAGAGAUAUCUUCGGGCAACUAGAAACAUCCCCGACUAGAAAGGACCUUCAUGUCUGGAUCAGCUUUUAUGAGAUCUACUGUGGGCAGCUUUAUGACCUACUGAAUGGAAGAAAGAGGCUUUUUGCAAGGGAAGAUAGUAAGCAUAUUGUACAGAUAGUCGGGCUCCGUGAAGUCCAGGUGGAUACGGUCAGCCUGCUCCUAGAGGUUAUUUUGAAAGGUGGGAAAGAACGCAGUACUGGGGCAACUGGAGUCAAUUCGGAUUCCUCCCGUUCGCAUGCUAUUAUCCAGAUUCAGAUUAAAGACACAUCCAACAGAGUGUUUGGGAGGAUCUCAUUUAUUGAUCUUGCUGGCAGCGAGAGAGCAGCUGAUGCUAGAGACUCUGACAAGCAGACAAAAAUGGAAGGUGCAGAAAUCAAUCAAAGUCUUCUAGCUCUGAAAGAGUGCAUCCGUGCCCUCGAUCAGGAACAUUCUCACACGCCCUUCAGGCAAAGCAAACUGACUCAGGUCCUAAAGGAUUCCUUUAUUGGCAACUCGAAGACAUGCAUGAUAGCCAACGUCUCGCCCAGCCACAUAGCUACGGAACACACUCUAAACACCUUGCGGUAUGCUGACAGGGUGAAAGAGUUGAAGAAGGGGAUGAAAUGCUGCACGCCUGUUGCUUCCAGGCGGCGGACGACAGGACGUCUGUCUCCAAAACGCAUCCAGAGUUCUCUUUGUGUGCAAGCUGGAGAAAAGAGCUCCCCCAAGAAAGUCAGGCUAGGGCUGCAGCAUUCCCCAGCACCUGCAGCUUCUGUACGGAUGAAGGCUUCUCCUUUGCUGUUCCACCUAGGGCACCCCCCUUCCUUUUCUACACCCAAGGGACAGGUCCGCAAAGGGCAUCCUGGCACUCCAGGACUCGGCCGUGCCAGCCCACCUAAAGGCUCUCUGAGAGCAGGCCCACCGGCCAAGAAGAUGACCGAGGACCCAACGCUGCCCUCUGAGAAGAGCCACGUCGGGAAGGACUGUGUGGCCAGGAAAGAAGGAGGCCAAGGAGACAGGCAGCGGGUCAAGGGCCUGAAGGUGCAGCCUGUGCAGAAGCAGCUCCUUUCCAGAACUGACUUUUGCCUUGGGGACACGGAUCAUCCUUCAGCCCGCAUUAAGGAGGGUGGCAGAGCAUUGGGUGAGCAGUGCGCUGUGGCGCAGACCAGUCUUCCACCACACCAGAAAGAUAGGGAGCAGCACCUUCGUCUUUACCACCAGCAGUUCCAGCAGCCUCCUAUUCUGCAGCAGAAGCUGAAUUACCAACCUCUGGAGCAGUUCUUGUCCCAGUACAAGCCUCAGGAGAUCCAGGUAAAGCCAGAUCCCCUUGGCCAGCCUCCCUUCCUUGUGUCCCCACAGUGCCGAGAUGAGACUAUGCAGCUAGAGGACCUGGAUGACAGCGACUUUAGUGAGGAUUCCUUCUCUCCUGGGCCCAGUCAGAGGAAGCCUGAGGGAGACGCUACCGGGGAUUGCGUCCAGGGCUCGUUUUUUCUCCAUCAGAGAGAGUGUGGGGCCAAAGGCCAGGGUGGACAGGAGCUGUUUUUCAAACAAGAUGAGCUUGAGAAUAAAGGUGGAACCUCACCAAGGAUGGAGAAAGCUGCUAGCUGCGAGGAGAGCAGGAAGAGUCAAUCUGACUGGAGCACAGUGGCAACUGCAAUGCUAGAUUGCUCUCCAAGGAAUGACAUGCCAGAGAAGCCUUAUUGCUCGCAAGAUGACAAUGCUGUGUAUAACAGGAUAAGUACCAAAGAUGUCCUUGCCAGGCAAACGCAACUCCCAUUUGCAGAUCUCUGUCUGGGAUGCCCUGAAGAGUGCUUCUCCUUGCCAGAAAAGACACUACCAAGUCCACUCUCUGCCCACAUGUUGGCAUCCACAAGGUGUACUGGUGAUGCCCAGAAGGAAGAGUCAGUUAAAGGCAGAUGUGCUUCAGUUUCAGGAAAUUCAGAAAAAAUGUGUGCCGAGACAGGAAUGGACUCCUGUGAAGCUCUGGAUUUUUCAUGGGACUUGCCUUCUGGCAUGAUGACUCCCUUGACCAUGUCACUUCUUGACACUGAGACGACAGACAUUCCAGAGGAAGACCCUUCCCACAAGCUGCAAGGAAAGGCUCUUCAGGUGGAGGAAAUGGUGGAAAAGAAGCCCUUUAGGCCCAGAAAACAAUUGGAUGAGGACUACAGCCAGUUUCUUGGAAACAGCAUGAAUGAAAUAGAUCACUACAAAAGUGAAGCUGUCCAGGUGCUCUCUCCACAAGCCAAGACCAAGUGCCUUCCACAGUCCUGUUACAGCCCAAAGGUUCAUUUCUCCAUGGGAGAUGUAUCACCCUUGAGUGAGGUAGGUGGUUGUAUUUGCGGAUUUUCUGCUGGAGAUGCUGGCCUGCUAGAUAUUUUCUCUCCAUGCACAGAAAGUGAAGGAACUUUGGUUCUUAGUAAUCUGCAGUUCAGUGGAUAUGUGGCUAGUCCACACUAUGAUGCUGACACUGAAACUACCAUGAUUGCCUCAUUGAACUGCUCAGGACAAUUCAGUCUGGAUGAAAAAGAGAGCUCCAAGCCCAUGAUGCAGCUCAACCCUAUUGAAAUGCUAGAAAAGGCUUCCAUUUCAAGUGCAUUGUUCAUCUCUGAUAGUGCAGGAAAAAUGCAAUCCUCCAAAGAAAGCAUGCCACUGCAGUCCAGCUUGGAAUUCGGGAAACUGGAGCAUGAUCAUGCACAAGAAGCAUCCAAGUUGACAUUCAGCAGUGAGGAAAUGGCACUCCUUAAGAACAAACUUAUUCAGAGAGUGUUCACACAGGAUCCUUUUGAUGCUGCAGAGCAGGAUGCACCAGUUGCUGUUAGGGGGACAAACCCCAGGUCUCCCAAAGACUCACUGAAUGUUGGUGGUCAACUGGAUACAUCAAAAAUGCAAAAUGAGGAAGCAAUGGGAAGGCAAUUUGUGCUCCAAAUCCGUCAAGAACAGCUGGACGAGAUGGCAGCCCUGUGUUUCCAGGAAGAGCACUUGAUCAGUCAGAUGUCAGACUUGGACUUUGAGGCCUUUGUGGUGAAACUAGAUGAAAUGCUGCUGCUGAAAUCCAGAUGUAUCCAAAGGAUGCGAACCCAACUUCAGCCGCUUCUAGCCCCUUCUUUGAAUGGGACAGCACUACAGAGAACUUCCCUGCCUGAGCCAUGAAUUGCACAGCUGCCACUCCAUCACUUUCAGUGGCCAGUGCUGGAUAGCAGAGAGGACUGUAGGAGUUGGGGGCUUAUACUUAGCCUCUGUUUCAGGAACGGACUGAGGACUGAUUCCAGAUAAAGAAAUGCAGCUGAAGUCCAAAGAGGCUGUGGGCCCUAGCAUUCACUUCUGCUGUCACUUUCCAAAGUCACACACAGCCGCUGCAAAAAUGAUCUCUCUCCCCUGCUUCAGGGACCAUCACAGCAGGGACAGACUUCUGUACUGCAAAAUAACAUUUACUUUUCAAAGUGAUAGAAUUUUUGUACCAGCUUUGUGGUUUCUAAAGGAACUGAAGCUGUCUGGGGAAACAGGGGACCGACUAGUCAGAACUGCAACUAGGGAAGCAUGUGAAAUAAUGCCAGGAUGCUUAAAUGGCUCCUGAGAAAAGGGCAUAGACUAUUUUCCCCAACUGUGCUACAUAUUUAUCAGUUGGUACGGUAGCAUGUACCUGCUACAGAUUGCUUGCUUGCUCAAGACUGUUGGGUUGAGCAUCACUUUGGUCUACCUAGCGGAACCUCCUCCCAAGAUCCUUGCAAAGAAGAGUUAGAAACGAGCUGCCUUGCUGCUGUUUGCAGCUUUCCCAGCAGCAUGGCAACCCUCAUCUAACAGUGGUGCUCUCUUGCUUCGUCAGGUAGGAUUUCUAACCAGGAGCUUUGGCAGAACUGAGCAGUUUCCCCAAGGUAUCAGAUGAGCUAGUCUUCCACCAGAAUCUGUGAAUGUCUGAUGUAUGGAAACAUUGCAAAAAGGAAGCAAGACACCUGGACAGUGGCUUUGCAGACACACUGCCUCAUUUGUAGUUGCCAGAGGUUGGAGCUUUGUAAGGAAGAGGUUACAGCCUUUGUGCAAGUAGCAAUAGGUGCAAGAGAAGUUUACAAAUUUGCUUAAGUACAAAACAGACAAAACAUAGAAGCAACUUAUUAAAUGCAGGUGUGGUACAGUAGACAGGGCAAAGCACUGAUGCAUUUUUCACUGGGAAAUGCCUGGCAUGCAUCGUGCUACACAUCAGCAGAACACAGUACUAAUCUAGAUGUCACCAACUGCUGCCAGUUUGACCUGUUUCCUUAUAGAAAUCACAAAUGCAGGAAUCAAGAUUUAGCCUGCCGUCCUUCAAAAUACUGAGGAGAAUGGGCUUUGAACAUCUUGAGCUGGGUUUUACUAAUUUGGGAGAAACCUGGGAGUUGUAAUUGGUGCACUUUUUUCAGCCCAAUGUUAACCUGGAUUCGUGAAUACUGUAUUGGAGCUGGCUGCGCAGGCAACUGUACCACCCUGCCUGGCCUGGUGAUACUAGACCAUGUCCAUUCCCCUCAUCUCAGGGACGGAACAGUACCAGCAUCUGUGUGGCUGCAGUGGCCAGAGCCGGCUCUCCUCUGUAAUCAGUGAUGGAGCUCGAACUCAUCUCCCGUGCCGUUCAAGCUUUGACCUGUAACAGCAGACAUCUCCUUUCAUACCUACCAAACACAGGGAAACCAGGACAUAUUCAAAGCAAUAGCAACCAAAAGCGCUAUUGCUUUGAAUAUGUCCCGGUUGUCCUGUGUUUGGUAGGUAUGUCUGCUCCACUUCUUUGAAAAGGGGAUGUUAUAGGGAUAUGGAGUUCAGCACAGACAGACCUGUGCACCACGGGCAAAGGCCAAAGAUUAGGCACAGGCAUGGCAGACACAUUGCUCCUGCUCUGCAGUAGUGUCUGUCUUAGCAAAACAGUUGAACAGCUGAAUGAGGGAGUAUUACUCAAGAACUCUGCACUAAUGCAGGAGAUUGGUUCUAGGAGUGCCUUGUUUAAGAGACAAGUCCCAAAUAGCUAUGCAAGCUGCUGCCAAGUGAAGCUUUAAUACACAUCACUUUUAUACAGAUUUUGCUGAAACCAUUUCCCUCCAAAUAAAGAUGUAUUGACUACA